AUGCUCGCAGCAAAACCCCGACACUGGAACCAAGCGGCCCUCGCAAACUACCUUGGCGGAUCCGAAGAUGAAAUCGCAACCGUGAGACGGGGCAUCGUGCAGUUGAUGAAAUCCUACGACGCAAUCCACAAGUCGUUCAAGACCAAAGCAGCGAAGAAUGAAUUAAAAGAGCUAUUGCUGUCAAAUCUCGACAAACUUCCAGCGCUCGUCCGAGAUGCGCGCACGAAUGACGUUCGCAUGGAGGGGUUGAUGGGUCUGGCGUACAAGGUCAACAAUGCGCAUAAGCAGUAUGGGCGCGAGAAGAUGGCUUCGAUGAUCACGAAUAAGCAGCCCGAGGUUAGGAAUAAUGACGAUAAUGACAAUGGCGAUGACGACGAAAGUAGCAGUGAGGAAAGUGGAGAGGAGGAUUCAAGCGACGACGAUAGCAGCACUGGGAAUGACCCGGGGAUACACAGGUCCAACGAGCAACCAAGGCCCGAAGUCAAUGGCACCGGAAAUUGUGACAGGCCCUCAGAAAGCAGAGGCCAUGAGCGGAUCCAUGGCAUUAGAAGUGACCAUAGCAGAAGCCAGAGCAGGGCUAACUAUAGCAGCCCGGCAGUCGUCGUGGACAGAAGUUCUGCGGUUGGACCCCCGAACAAGCGCAUAAGACCAUCAGAACCACUGGCACCACCGACUCCUCUCUCUGGACCUUUACCGUCUUUCCCUCAAUAUCAGAAACCGAGCUAUGAUCUAUCAGUUCGCAACAUCUGGGUGGUAAAUGAGGUCGACAAUGAAAGUCACGGCCUCUGUCCUGUCAUCGAACUCGUCAAGAAAGACUGUGAUAAGAACAAUCUUCAACUCUCGGACCUGGACUUUGAUCACUGGAUGUUGAUUGUGCAGGCCCAUUGUAGCUACGACUAUACUAUCCACCGGUUGGAAUAUCGGCCGUCAGCUACCAUCAUCUUGCCUUCGAUGAUCGGCCGGCCGUUUACAAUCCCCAUGCGCACCCCGAGUCAAUGGCGGGGUGCGCUGAACUCACAGCUACAAGCUAAACCAGACCAGGAUCCAGUUUUUUACCUGGUAUCUCAAUCGGAAUUGAGACCAGAAUCUUCACCUCUAUCAUCUGGAUUUGAUUUUUCUCAGACAUACCAGCCUGCUACUAGGCUGAGUCCUACCGUGAAGCAAGAAUACGUGGAAGAGCUCUUGGAGCAAAGAGCGCGGAACAAUCCGCGCUAG